GGAAUACCGAUGCGCCCUAGCACUGCUUCACGCAUCCAAAGCUCCAGUGUCUGUGAUAAAUUCACGACGGAAAAUUCGAUACUCCCGUGUCGGUUCACGCUCCCCUGCAACUCUCCAUGAUGAUGCACAUGUUAACUUGGACCCCGGAUAUAAUUAAUAGAUAAUAACAGAAAUAACAGGGCAGGAUGUUUGGGAAUAAAUUGAGAUCCUGGGUGGAAGCAGUCCGGUCUAGGAAAAAACAGAACAAGAAGGAGAAACAAGGAAAAACUAACAUGUUCGGGGUGAAAAAUACAGUCAAGUGGAACGUGAGCAAUAAAAACUUGGAAGAUGAUUUUAAGGAAAGCGACAAAAAAGGAUUCCAAGCAAAAAAUCUCCUAAGGCCGGACAAAGGGCGACAAAUGACCGCAAAUGCAAAUCACCCAGUAUCCAGAGUAUUGCAUUCCAAAUAUUCUGCGAACAAUUUGUCAUCGCCUGAGUCUGCAUAUUCUACAGGGUAUUCCACAGAUGGCACUUCACCAGGUGCUGCUCCUGAAAACAUGUUGAAUUCUUCCAAGGGUGUAGAUGGCCAGCAUCCCCAAUACCCACAUAUACAAGUACUAAAUGCUUCCUCACAAAGUCAGAGGUUUGUAAAAAUUGAGAACACCGACAUUCCAGCGAAAGUGAUACUACCAUCCUCUGUACACCUGACAGAGUAUAAAUCACCAAUACAUGUCAAAGAUACCCAUCGAGCUUCAAGAGAACCAAACAUGGUGUUAACACCUAGAGAAGUGAUAACUGGACCUAGUAGCCCUGCUUUAGGUGUCACCUCCCCAAGACAAAGGAACAGAAUUAGGACGAAUCCCUGGUUACCAGGUGGGGCUCUUAGCCCUAGCCCUGUCAAGCAUGAGAUAACUGCCGGCGCCCCUACAAAAACGAUUAACGACAGUCCGGAGACCCGACGUCUGCAAGGCUCCCUGGUUAGCAAGAGGAAGUCAAUCUCUUAUUCAUCAUGUUCAUCGUUAAGUGGUGUUAGUAUACAAAUCGAUGUGCCAAAACCCCGAUCAGCAAGCGACGAAGACUGUACACUCAACGAAAUGAUGGGAAAAUUCGAUGAAAGUUAUGUAUACGAAAAAGAGACUGAUAUACUGAGCGAUAGUGAUCCAACCGACUGUGAAACUGACAUCGAUACAGGCCAAGAUGGUGGAGAUGAAGAAGAAACUGAGCUAGACUUCAUCGACAACUGUUCUUAUUUAGAGCUGAAAGCAAAAACAGAACAGAACACCGGCCACUGCACUUACCACAGCUAUGAGGUACAGAAAAAAAAAUCAUCUAGAAGGCGAGUGAGACGUAGCAACAAAAGCAGUGAGAAACGGUGCGGUUCUAGCAAAAAACGUAAUAAACAAACAGAUCACAGAAGGUACGUGAAAAUGCAUCAAGAUGGAUCGAAGAGCGCUGGAGCAACACCAGUGUCCGUGAGGCGUUUCAACGCCAGGAUUCCCCCAAAGCUUCCACUCGAAGACUGCUUAAAAAGACGGUCUAACUCCAUUAGCCUUUACCACGAACAGAUACCGUCUACUAUCGAAAUGAGAGAUAAAGAAGCUGGACUGAAAUACCUAGAAUUAAUAACUAAGGCUGAACAGAUAUUACGUACGAUGAAAGCCAACGAUCUUUCUCCUAGAAGGGUACCUGGACCUGCAAAUAAGAGAGUUGAGCUUUUGAGGACUACUGAAACACCACCGAAGUCGGAGGGUCUGCUCAAAGCAAGGCCAGCGCAACUUGACGAAGUAGUUGUUAAUACAGCAUUUUCUGCUAAAAUUCCGUCCAAUAAUAACAGCCACUUCCCCAGAUAUAGUCCUCAAAAGAAUCAUAUUACGAAGUUUAUAAGUAGCAAUUCGCCUUUUUUAACUAGAAGAGAAAUUGAUGCUCAAAGUAAUAUUUUAAAAUCACCGAGGCUCUUAAGGAAGGCCGAAGAACAACAGAAAAAUGUGUAUUUUAAAGAAACUAAGUUUCCCAUCAGUCCGAAAUAUAGACAGAAAACUACCAAGCGACAUGACAAAAAUGAUUCCAGUUCAGAUUCUGAUACGACGACUAUAGAUAAUAAAAUGUGCGCUGCUAAUAAUAACAGGCCUCAAAGCGAACCAGUUAGGAGAAAAAUGUAUCAGCCCAAGCCAUGUUUGGGCAAAAGAUAUAUCGGCUCUGAGAAGAAGGAGUUUUGUACAGGAAGCGACGAGAAUUUGAGACAACAGGUCAUUUUGAACACCAUAGAAAAACUGAAGAAGAACUUGGAAGAUCAUUCGGCGUCACUUAAACAGUUAACUACACAUAAUAUGUAUGUGUAAGGAAAAUAUUUAGAACGGCUGUAUCGCUCAGCUCGCAGUUGUGGCAAGCAUAUUUAGUCCACAGUACAUAACCCAUAUUAUUCAAUGAAUGAAUGAAUGUCCUUACAAAUGCAUGCAGUAUAUAUUUAUCAGAUAACAAUGAAUUCGGCGGGCUUUGAAACCGUUUUUCUUUUAGCUUCAUUUUCAUAUGCGGAAACAGCGCAACGUCGCAGGGAGCAAGAUCUGGAGUGUAAGGAGCAGUGUUGCCAGGUGCGGUCGACGAUAUUUCGGUAGAAUUGUGUGGAAUUUUCCGGUAGAUUGAGUACCGGAGAGUAAAUGACGGCAUUUACUUAAAACAGUUUUAUUUAACUCAAAAUAUACUCUAAAACAGAAAGUCAAAACAAAAAUAAACAGUUUAUGUCUCACUUCAGCCAAGUAAAAAUAAAAUAUUCUUAAUAAAAAACAGAAAUGGGUAUAUAAUAAAAAAUGUGUAAGCUAUAUUGGAUAAUCAGUAUUCCAAUUCAUUUUUGUAUGUUUUUAUCAGUCAUAUUAUCUACUAAUUUUGCUUUGCCAAAUUCGAGUCUUCAACUCUUCCGUCAGACGAUGCGGUACCCAGAGGUAACAAAGUUUUCUUACUUGGUACACGAAGGUGUAAGGUCUCCCCUAUCUGUGGGUAUGUCACUCUCCGGUCUUCGUCAAGCAUUUUCUUCACAGCAGUAAUGUUUACCUCGGUUACUGGCGUACGCGGCCUUCCUUCCCUCUCAGCGUCCUGAGUGCAAUUGCCCCGUUGGAAUUCUCUGCACCACCUUAAUAUAGUCGUACGAUGAGGACAAUCAUUCCUUAAUGCAAGCGUCAUGUCAACUAAGCACUGGUCUAUGCUUAAACCACGCGUAAAGUUAUACCGUAAAACUACCCUUAUCUCAUUACGUGACAACUAAAUCAACAGACGUGCUGCUGGCGGCUAGUACGCACUCAUGGACAUGUCUCAACAUGCAGUAACAUGCAGUCUUUUGCGUCCGUUUGUUUAAGUCGUAUUGCAAAACUUUUAUAGUACCUUUUGUAUUGAAUCAUUCAAUAAAAUGGGUUAUAUAUUGUGGACUAAUUUUUAUUUAGUUCGGUAGAGAGCUUCCUUCUUGGUCAAAGUCUGAUUAAAAAUUGUCUUGAGUGUGGAAAAUGAGGCAGGCAAAUUUCAAUUUUAUUGUUAUUGGAUGAUAGUACGCCAACAAUGAUAUUGGUUACUGAAUUUUUUCGACGCAGUUAAAUGACAGAAAGAUACCGAGAAAUUGCAUUUGUAACAAUGUUCCAAUUACCUCAGAUGCCACGUCAUUAGCAUCACCAGUCGAACUUAUCGUCAGUGUUGCCGAACCGAAAAAAACGAAAUUGUAAAAAUUGGAUAGAUUCAAGGACAAAAUCGGUAUUAGGGCCAUCACAAGAUCAGUGAUAGAUCAAGGGACUUUGCGUCACGCAGCGCCCUCUAUGAAAAAAGUGUAUUUUUGUACGCACACAUACACAAGACAGGUUUUUUUGAGGGCAUCUGCUCCUGAAAAAGUUCUUUAUUAUAACUUGUACAAUGUACUCGAACUUCAAACUUUUUUGCAAGCAUCAUUUCAACUCCUUUUGCCAUUCUUGUUUAUAAGAUUCUUGUGUAUGACGGGUAUGGAGCAUUAAAGCUACAUAGACUACAUAGAAUUUCUUUUUCAGCUUUAUUUUUGAUUCCAGCUCUUUUUUGGUAAAAAAUGUGGAAAUAUUUGAAUUGUUUUAAAAAAUUCAUGGAAAUUGAGGACGAUUUCGGUAAGUAGUCUCAUUUCUGUAAAAAUACCGAAAACUUGGUAGGUUCGGCAACACUGCUGUCCUUGUCUGUUGACGGUCUGCCUGCAUCGAGCAGCAGUGUUGCCAAACCGAAAAAGAUUAAAUCGAUAGAUGGUGCCUUUGAAAUUCCGUAGAUUCAAAGACAAAAUCGAUAGGAGGAAAAAAUCAGGGCCGUCACAAGAUCAGUGAUGGAUCAACGGCCUUUACGUCACGUGGCGCCGCCUAUGAAAAAAGUAUGAUUUUGUUUCACUCACAACACAAAUUUUUUCGUGCCGGGAAGGGGCAUUGGGGAUCGAUCUGCAAUUUCACUGCUUAAUUAACCAACAUAAAUUCAGAGUGACUAGGUGUUUAGCUUCGAAAAUGAAGUGGCCUUACCGUAUCUAAGAAAAUAACUGCGUCAAGUGAGACAACUCUUGAUGAAUGAUAAUUAUUGUUAAACCAGCUUGAAUGAUAUAUUCGUACAAAAUUAGCAUCUGCUCAUUUUACGAAAUUAUACAGCUCGUACAUGCGAUGUGCAAUGAUUACCUAACCCAAAACAUUUUAAGUAAAUUAUGCAGGGAGCUUUCUCACUAACAGAGAUUUCCUGCGAUGAUUAAAUAGGUAGUCAUUGGAACAUUUAAAACUUAUCCUCUGGUUUUUAUGCUAGCUGUCAAAUAAAAUCAUCGCAUAUGUUCGACGUUUCAGUCUUUUUCCAAGUAGGUACAUCAUUCAAUUUAACGUGUACCUAUGUGGUUUUAUUUGACGACCAGCAAAACAUGAAGAUUUAAAAGGUAGUCAUGUUUUGAUGUUAGCAAUAAGAACAUACAUAUAUGUAAUGGUGUUUUGUAAAGGAAUCAAGUAUAUUUUAAUACCAGUUGGAAAAUGUUACCUGUUUUGAAAAGCAAAUGUUAUGAAAUAAUAAAAAAUGAAAAAACUGAAAUGACAGCCAGCCCCAAAUGAGGAAAAAUAUUGAGUACAGUACGAAACCGACAACAACACAGUGCGACAAAGAUUUCAAAUGUCUUACAAAAGUGCUAAAACACAGGCAGAAGCUCACAAAUCAGUUUGAUUAAACUAAGAUAUUUUUUGUAGAAAUCUAACAAUAGGUACUCCUUCAUGAGAGAUUGAUAAUCUUUUUUAUUCUGAUAAUGUUUUUAACCCCCCAAAAUAUACGCUAACUGCAAUUAUCUUAUCAAUGUAUACAAAGAGAAAAAAUACUUUAUACUUUCAAAUACGUUACGGAACGCAGUCAUUAUACGGGGUCUGUAAAAUAAGUAGUGUGUUGUCUCCCUCCAAGCCCAGCGCCUCCAGUGUUGCCAGAUCGGAGGCUAAGUUGCCAGUCUGACUACUUAAUUUACAGACCACGUAUAGUCUCAGUGACAAUGAAAAUAGAACAACCAGUGAAAAUGUUUUUUUGAUGAAAUGUUGUAUCGCGUGUUGACAAUUAAACAUAAGCAAGAGAAAGUCAUAAGUAAAUUUUGAAGUGGAAACAUUUGCGGUACCGCUAUAUUUUGUUAAUAAUAUACUCUGUGACAUUAGAAGUGUUACACCCAGAAAAAAUAAUUCCUUCGACUUGAUCUUUUGGCAAUGAGGUAGUGUUACAUCAAAAAUGAAACGAUAAAAUUCUCACGAAAUUUUAUUGACAAGUAAUGAGAAAAAAAUAAUAUUGUGUUAAGUGAGCUGAAUACACCCCUGUAUACGUCUAGGCAUCGACAAAAUGAGCAACUCGAACUUCGUGGAGUAGCUGUGGCGGAUGGUGCAAAGUGGAUAGUCUCCUCCCCAUCAUAUCCCACACAUGUCAAAUCACUCUUACUGGGUGUUGUAUGUUCAUUGUCACUGAGUAUAUUCCGGUCUUUGUUAUCGUUUGUGACGAAAAAUAAAGAUAAUCAUAUAGUAAUGUAGCUUGCUCAGCUAUAAACAGGUAUAUAAUUAUUCAUGAAUUUUUAGGACAUUUGUAGGUGUAGAGGUUACACAGAUUACACUCUCAGUAGUGAACGUAGGUACUAAAUUUUUAAGGGAAUGUCUUUAAAGUAGUGCGUUUCAAAAAAGUGUAGAACAGCUGCAAUAUUGUUAUUUAAAAUCAUUGUAUGUUUUUCUAUUGAAUUCCUCAUGUUAUAGUUCACAACAUUUUGUUACAUUUGUAGUCCUAUAGUUGAAAACAAGCACUGUAUGGCUCGUUUUGUGCAAUAUGCCAUUGAUUUUAGAGGAAUCCUGAAAUAUUACAUUGGUGGAGAAAUAUGCAGUUAUCCUUUAUAUGUAUAUUUAUAUAAUGGGCGAUGGCAAUAAUAGCAUAUUUCUCCACCGAAGUAUGUAUAGAGUUGUUUUCAUUACUAACUCUGAUAUAUUACCGCAUUUAAUUUGAUUACCCUGAAAUAUAGUAUGUCUAAGAGACAACUUUUUAUGAAAGUGUACUUGCCCCAAAAACUUUUUGGGGCGUAGGAGGACACUAAAUCACAGUAUCCAAUAAAGACGCGCUUCUCUGUCAUUUUCAGAUAUUCCAAAUUUUCAAGUAGCUUGUGUAUUUUAAUAAGCUGAUGAAACAAUGACAUACAAGAAUCGAGAAUACCUACCUAUAGUCAAUAAUAAUAAUAAUAAUUUCAGUGAUAACGUAGUAUUCAACAUAAAUAACUAAACGAGAAGCUAUACUCGACAUUAUUUAUUAUUUCUCAAUCAUUUUCAAAUAUUUCUGAAUAUAACGCUCAGUUGUCAAAGUGACAUGAUAAAAAUGACAAUAAAUUUAAAUUCAAAUUGUAAUUUUAAAUGUUGCAUCAUUUACCUAGGUGCGUUUUCAUUGAAAUCAAAAUAUUUACCAAGGGAGAGAAAAGAUGCUUCUCGUUGAAGAAUUGCGAUCCCUAAUGGUAAUUUCUCAGGUUAGUAGUGAAAAAAUGCCUUAUAAAACUUUCCUUAUAUAAAGGCAAUCAUCAUAUGCAGAUUUUUGUUAAAAAAUACUUGGCUAUACUUCAUCAACUUGAGUGAUCCUAAGCAGAAAAAAUCAUUCGUUUUCAAGUAAUAAACUUUAAUGAAAUUAGUUUUUUCGUAACAAGCUUAAUAACUAUUUAGUAGAUACAAGUAUAUUGCAAUAAAUUCAGAUUAACUGGUACUAGAAUACGCGUUAAUAAAACACCCAAACUCCAAAAUCAUCAGAUUAUUCAAAUCCGGCAAUUUCAAUUCGGCUUUUUUCUUGAAUUAUUUUGAUUAAAUUUUCUCAUACUGCGCCUAUACUUGCUAAAUUUUAACAAACCUCAAGAACAUCGAAAACGAACUUUCAAAAAAGCUUGACACACUGUAUCUUGGACAUAAAGCAUGUUCACACGAUUAUACAAACUUUUCUUCUUAGGACCACACGUUCACUUCACGUUUGGCCAGGUACUUUAUUAACACCCUGUAUAAAUAACAUGCAUAUACAUGUAUCUAUGUAUUUACAUCUUUUUGUUACCAUGAAAACUGUGAAUUUGUUUCUAUUAGAC